AUGAUUUCGCUUCCAAAAUUCAAAACGGAUACAAUAAAAAUGUCAGCGAAAAUUGUGAUUGCCUUGGUCCUGAUAGCCUUAGCAAAUACAGCCCAAGGAUUGCAGGAAACCCAAAAAUUAAGAGUUUUUACUUCUCCUAAACUAUUUUUACAAGUCACUCAAGAUACCACAACCACUGAUGAGACCUCCACUGAUGAAGCAUCAACUACAUCUGAGUCUGAGUCUACGGAAGUAGAGCAAACUAGUGAGACAACUGAUACAGCAACUACUGAGGAAAGUUCUACAACAGAGGAAGCAGCUGCAGAUACUGAAUCUGAGUCAACUGAUGUAGAGGAAUCCAGCGAAACCUCAGAUACAACAUCAUCAGAAGAAACUUCAACUGAAGAAGCAGCAACUGAAACUGAGACUACUGAAGUAGAAGAAGCCAGUGAUACUUCAGAUGUUGAAAGCACUGAGGAGACUUCUAGCGAAGAAGAAUCAACUGAAUCUCAGUCAACUGAAGAAGCAUCUAGCGAGACUGAGGAAACAGCUGAGGAAACCUCCACAGAAGAAUCAACUGAAGAAGCAUCUAGCGAGACUGAGGAAACCACUGAGGAAACCUCCACAGAAGAAUCAAGCGAAGCUGAAACUACUGAGGUAGAAGAGUCUAGCGAGACUGAGGAAACCUCCACAGAAGAAUCAAGCGAAACUGAAACCACUGAGGUAGAAGAGUCUAGCGAGACUUCAGAAGAAACUUCUGAGGAGAGUUCUUCGACCGAAGAGGAAUCUAGUGAAGAAUCAGAAACAAGCACUGAUGAAACCUCCGAAGAGACUGAAGAAACCUCAGAAGAGAGCACUGAGGAGACAUCCAGUGAAGAAUCAAGCGAAUCUGAAUCCUCAGAGUCUAGCAGCAGCUCUUCAGACAGCACUAGAGAGUACUUAGAAGAAGAGAUUGAUGAGGAUGACUCUGAUCUUGACGAAGAAGACGAAGAUAUCCAAGAUGAAGUUGAAGACUACGAUGAAGAAUUAGAAGACACUAACUCCCCCCCCUCCGUGAGUGACAAAACCAUUAGAAAAAUCGCUAUUUUUGCCCAAAAACCCACCCUCUGUGAGUGAACAAAAAUUUUUUUAAUAGAAAAAUUUUUUAUGGAAAAAAAAUUUGAUAUAUAUAAAUGAUAAUUAUUAUAAUGAAAUCUAGAGCUAAUUCUGUUUAUUUUUAAACGAAUUGCUUUUUAAAACAUAAAUUUUGCAAAUUGAAUUAAUAUUUGCUUUCCAAUUUUUGCGAAUUAGGAUUUUUUUUAAAUUUCUCGAAAAAAAAUAUUUUUUAUAAAAUUUAUAUAUAAAUUUUUUUUAAAAAAAAAAAAAUUAACCCCCCUCCGUGAGUGAACAAAAUUUUUUUGUUCACUCACGGAGGGGGGGGAGUAAGGAUGGAGAGCCUAUAACUGAAGAUGAUCUUGAGGACUUAGUUGAUGAAGUCGAAGACAUUGAAGACGAAUUAGAUGACGACGAAACCUUCACAUAUGAUGGACAAGAAAUUUCCAAUGAAGAUCUUGACGAAGUUGCUGAAAGCUACGAACAAACUUUGGACGAGAUGGACUAUUAUGACGCUGAAUCCAUUGUUUAUGAUGAAGAAGGCAACGUUGUCUACUAUGAUGAAGACGAAACUGAUUGGGCCGAAGCUGAAGCUGAAGCCAAAGAAGUUUACUCAUCUAACGAUACUUCAGUCACUUUGACAUAUGAUGACGUCGAUGAACUCAUUGACUUCUGGGAAGAAACCAGAGAUCAAGUUGAAAAUGGAUAUACAGUUGAAAUCAACGGUAGGGCAGUCACUGUUGAAGACUGCGAUGAAGCCAUUGACCAGUUAGAAGAAAUUGAAGACGAUAUGGACGAAGACGACCUUGUAACCAUUGAGUUCUCAACAGGAAAAUACACCUACACAAGAGACUAUGAUGAAGCUGUAGGUUAUGAAGAGGAAUACCAAGAAGCUGACUUAGAAGAUGAUGACGUAGAAGAUGCAUAUGAUGACUUAGUAGAACUCUACAACAAAGGAGUAGCUGACGCCGAGGAUGGCACUAUUAUCCUCAGUGUUGACGACCUUGACGAUAUCAUCGACACUCUUGAAGACGCUGAAGAUGAAAUUGACUCUGACGAGUACUAUGUCAUCAACGGCAAAAACUACACAGCUGAGGACUUGGAUGAAAUGAUUGAAAGCUCUGAAGACCUGAUUGAUGAGAUUGAAGACAACAAUGCAUACGCCAUUGUUUAUGAUACAGAAUCAGGCGAAUAUUAUUAUAUUUCUGAAGAAGACUAUGAUGAAAUGAAGGGUUCUGAUGAAGCUUCCACAGGAUCUGGCACUGCCACUGAUGGUGACAGAAUUUACUCCAAUGAAGACUUAGACGAAACUAUUGAAUACUACGAAGAAAUCUAUGAAGAUAUGGAUGAAGACGACACUGUCACAAUUGACGGAAAAACUUACACCUAUGAUGAUAUUGACGAAAUUAUUGAAGGCUAUGAAGAUGCUGAGGACGACUUGGAAGACGACGAGUACUACGUUGUUGACUCAGAUACAGGAGUCACCUAUGUAAUCAGUGAAGACGAGUACGAUUCAGUCACAACUGGGUCUUACUACCAAGACACAGCUCAAGUAACCAGUGAUAGCGAAGUCACUUACAGCUCAGGAGACUCAGCUGAUGGAGACUCAGGAGAAGUCGACUCCGAUGUAAAUGUCGAAGCCUACGAAAGCUCAGCUAUUUACUCAGAAGAUGAGGAAGAAGCUGAAGAAGAUGUAGAUGAAGAUGUAGAUGAAGAUGUAGAUGAAGAAGAAGAGGAAGAGGAAACAGAAGAAGAAUCUACUGAGGAAACUGAAGAAUAUACCUAUGAAGGAACCACUGAUGAAGAUGAUUAUGAUGAGGUCGAUCAAGACGAAGUCGAAGAUCUACAAGAACAUUACGAUGAGGCUGAAGAGCAAGCUGAAACUGGAGUUAUUGUUGCUACUGAAGAUGAUAUAGAAGAUGUAGAAGAUGAUUUAGAAGAUGUUUCUGAUGAAUUAGAAGAUGCCGAGCCAGGCACAACUGUAACUGUAGGAUCUUAUGAGCUUGACUAUGAAGAUGUCAAGUCUUUGGAAAAUGAAGCUGAAAAUGUUGAGGAUACUUUAGACGAUGAUGACUACGAGUCUGUUAGUUAUGACGUAGAAACAGAGACCGUUUCAUAUAAUGAUGAAGAUGAAACUGACGAUUUAUAUGAAGAACAAGACGAAUACUAUGAGUGUCAAGAGUGCAAGAACAGUUCUUAG